CUUGGACUCUCUCUCUCUCUCAAAAAUAAAUAAGCAUUAAAAAAUAAAAAAUAAAAAGAAGAAGAAGGAUUCAUGUUUCACCUCCAAGGAUCUUCCUGCAGUGAACCUCAAAAGUCAGCAGUCACUCUCCAAGUUCAUCCUAGAUGGGAAGACUGAGACCACCCCCAGCCCAAACACAUGUCCCUUCCAGGUACAUCUUCCAGGUCUCAGCAGCUAAGAAACAAUAAGAAGCGCCACAGUGUGAAAUCUCCUGGGGGAAAGCUUUGCCCUGCCAUUGGACAGUAGCAGGACAGGACUGGAGAGUACCCUCUAAACCACUUUGGAAAGAGCAAGUCUGGAAAGGAUAGUACAGUUGUCACUAAUGUGGGGAGCUUAGUUUCAUGGCUGACUGUUAUGGACUGAAUGUCUGUGCCCCUCCCAAAACUCGUAUGUUGAAACCCUAACUCCCAAUGUGAUGGUAUUAGGAGGGCUUUGGGAAAUAAUCAGAUUUAGAUGAGGUCAUGAGCAUAGGGCCCUCGUGAUGGGAUGAGUGCCCUGGAAAGAAGAUACCAGAAAGCUUGCUUGUCUCUCUCUGCCAUGUGAGGGUACAGCAAGAGGAUACCACCUGGCAGCCAGGAAGAGGACCUCACCAAGAACCUGCCCAUGCUGGCACUGUGAGCACUCCCAGCCUCCAGAACUGUGAUCAGAACUUAGCGCUGGCUAAAAUAGUGACAUUGAUGCCAGACAUGUCCACCUUCAGCUGGGCUGACUUUCAGAUAUCCAUCUUCGUGAUAUGGCCUCACAGUACCAUACUGGAUAUUCUGUUGCUGUAGCAACCAGACACAGAUGUGGCUUUCUAGUAGCAUGCCUCCUUGGAAGAUGUCAAGCCAUUGAGGAAGGUUUGUGCAAAGGGCAGAAAUGGUGUCCCAUGUUCCUGGGGUAUGAAGCAUCUGGUUAAGCUGGUGAUUUUUUGCAUGACUGCCUUUUCCCUGUGCAGACACAUGGCACUGCCACAUGACAAUGGUUUCCAUUAAGUUUCCUUCUGGUACAGAGAUCUCUAUCAAGUUUUCUUCUGUAAAAUUGUUUUGACCCUUCUGCGUAAGCCACAACUGUAAGCCAAAAGAACUGUCCGGAGGGAAGGUCUAAGCCCCUGCCUGGCCCCUUGCCCCACCCAGGAUGACCCAGUGUCAAUAGUGUAUGUGUGUUUCAGGUUGUUUACUGUUCUGGUCAGUCCCCUUUAAGACCAGUGAUAUCACUCACUCUUCCUUGGUUCACUGGCCCCAUUAACAUAGUGUUCCAGAGGGUUCACUGACCUGUAAGAACAGGAGGCAGUGGGAGUCCUUAGUGGAGGACACAGUGAUGACAACUCUGUCAGUGCUCUCUUUCCUAUGGACACCAUGGUGUGGUGACUAUUUUCCCAGGUGUCUUCUGGCAGACAGGUCUCUCAUGCUGUGGUGAAGAGUGUUAGUUAGAGUCAUGACUCCAAGUUUCUUUUCUCCUGAUUGAUAUUGAUCACUGGAGGAUCCUGAAGAGUCUGCCCUUUCUAGGACACAUGUUUCUAUAAAGUGAAUGUUGAUGUAAACAAGCAGAAUAUUGCUCAAGCUGCUGCGUUAAUAGUCAGGUAUUAGCUUAGAACUGGCCUUGAUGAAAUAUGCUUUCAAUGCACAGCACAGAGCACAAAACCACUUGAGAUAUUGGGUAUACAGUGUUGAAUUUUGGUGACUAGAUGAUAUGGCACUUGCCCUUAGAUACAAGUUGCCUGGUUUUCAAGAGUCAAAGGUACUUAUGAAGUAAAAGGACUUUUACUUUCCUAGCAUUAGUUUUUAAGAGAACCCUCUGACUAAUCUUACUCAAAAGCAUCUCCGCUUUCCUCACAGAACAUUUAGGAUAAGGUUUACUCUGUCAGACUCUGAAGGCUAAAUGAGCACCAUUCUCCGGUAUGAAGCCAUUUCUAUUGAGAGUGCUUUUAGUUGCCAUUUAAGGAAUUCUGGCAGUCCGGUUCAUCACCACUCAGACUGGACCCUAAUGUGGGUCACAGCCAGCUCUGCCGCUCGUCAUGUAGUCACUACACCUCCGUGUCUUUGUCUGUCUGACUCACAUAGUCACAUUAUAUAUGAAGAAGUUGGAAGACAGCAGUCUGCCACUCAAUCAGUGUCCUAUAAUUCAUAUUGUUCAGGUUCCUCAAGCUUACAAGUGAGUAACAUCGGUGAUUCUGUUUCUAGAACAAUAUGUAUCACUGAGAUUUUUUUUUCCUCAGAGUAUCAUAACAAUGUAAUGUGCAAUUCAUGGUGACAAAUUAAUUUUACUCUAUUAUCUCCUCACUGUCCCCAAACCACAUGACUAAGAGCAGUAUUUUACUCUGAAAUGCCCAACUGGUUGUUUAAACCAUUCAUUUGGAAUGCAUUUCUUUUCAGAUGGCUAUUUGCUAACUUUCUGAAGCCACUGACUUAACAAAUAUGAAUAGAAAUUCUCACUGCUACAAAUUGCCAAAUAACAUUAUUUCCAAAUGGAGCAGUCAAGUAGGGAGACCAAUCAGAGCAACUCUGAGCAUAGUGGCCAAAGUCAUUGCCAGAUGGAUUUCAACUGUAGUGAUUCUGGUGGAUAUUUCUAACUAGACCCAGGACCAAUCUAGGUUUUGGGAAGCUUUUUACAAUUUUAAGAGCCCUCCUUGUGGAGAAAAAUCAGGAAAUAUGAAUACACAAUUACUAAGGCAAAAGUUAAGCUUCACUAGCUCCAUGGUACAUUCAGCUCUGAGUUAGAUUAGUUAAGUCCCCACAAAUUAGAAAUCACUUUUAUUACUUUUUAAGCAUUUUAUAAUACCAACUACUGAAAAUAUUUAAGGUGCUUUGACACCUUAAAUUUCUUUACAGUUGGAGGCUCCUGAAAUGCUUAAAAUAUUUUAUAACAUAAUCAACGGAGGAAGUGGCAACUCAGAUUCUGCCGCUGUGUCCUUCCAGUCCACGAAUAUUUGGGAAAUAGUUCAAAAGUCAGUGGAUGAUGCUAACAAUAAGAAAAUAGUCAAGAGAAUUGAAAGCAAAACUGAUAAGGAAGAAACCAUUUGAAUUUUUGAUUGAAAUAGAAUAUAUUUCUAUAAACCCAAAAUCCCAAAUGGUUGUUUAAGUCAUUUAUUUGAAAUGAAACCAGUUAUAAGACAUCACCACAUAGCCGGGUACAUUCAUGGUGCUUCUUUGUCUCAUUCACUUGUUCAGUUGUUUCAAUAGUUAUUGUAGCUUUUUCUAAGGCUUAUUAAAAUAAAUAUAAAACUGUUGAAGUAAUUAGUGCUCAUCAUUACAAGUAUUAUUUUACUUUAACAAACCACCUGAAAUGAUUGUAGGUGUGGGAACCAUUUGAAGGAAGCACAGAAUAUUCCUGGCAGGGGAAGAUCAAAUACAAAGGACACGAGAAAAGUAUGAUUUAUCUUGAGAAUUCCAAGUACCUUGUAGUUAGAGGUGUGGAGCAGGGAACAUCAAGGGAUAAGCCUGAAAGAUAAACAGGGGUCCAGGGUACAGACAGUCUGGUUUGCCUGGAAGACGGAAGACUUCACCUGAAAGGCACUGGGAAACCAUGGAAAGAUAUUAAGUGGGAAGCGAGUGCCAGGAUGAGAUUUGUGUUUCUGAAAGAUCAGUCUGGUGGCAAUGUGGAAUGUGGCUUGGAGGACAACUAGAUGGAAGGUGGGAAAGCUGGCUGUAAUAAUUCCACUGGGGAAAGGAAAAGAUGGCUUCGAAAAUAUGGGAAGAUGGCCAGAAAAAUUUAGUGGAUCAUUGGCAAUAGAGGAUGAAGAUUUGUCCCAUCUCUGUUCUCUGCUGUAACCCAAGACCGAGCUCACUGCCCACAGAUGGCAAAGAACGGGACUUGGGUGACUGCCAAGUUUCCAGAUUGGGUGGGUUGUAAAGUGGUGCCAUUAACUAGGAUGUUUGUGGGAGGUAAGUUGUAAAAGGGCUAAAAUGAGCACAGUUUGGGACACAUUAAAUCUGAAGGCCUGUAGUACCUCCAGGUGGACAUAUCUAGCAGAUGGUUCAAGGGAAGAGUAAGACCUAGGGGCAGAGAUAUGAGGUCAUCAACAGUCAUAAGAAGGAUGAGAAUGAGAGAGGCAUAUAGAAGGGGGGGGGAGAAAAAGGUCAAGGUCAGCACCCUGGGGAACACCAAGGUUUUUAAUUGUUGGGACAAAAAAGGCAACUAUGAAAAGCAACUGAGAAAGAAGUCAGGGAGGUGAGGAGAGAACCAGUAAUGAGGGGUUGUACAGAAACCAGUGAAGGAGGAAGUUUUAAGAAAAAUGAAAUGAUUGACAAGGUCAAAUUUCUUAAAAAGGUGAAGCCCCAGUGGAGUCUGUGAAUGAUGGUGGGGUUUCAGUGGAGUUGGGGGUGGGGGAGUAUUGGUGACUGUCGAGGUGGAGGACCCUUUCCUCCAAGCUGAGGAAUGAACAGGAGAUAGGCAAGUGGAGGGAGAACCAGUAGGUGGGGGUAGGGGUGGUGGUGGUAUAUAGACAUGAGAGCUCUUUUCAGAGAGAGGAGACACUCAAACUUAUUUACAUGCAGGAAAGUAGCCAAAAGAAUUAGACAGGUUAAAAUUCAAUGAAAUUGAGGACAGUUAAAUAAAGCAAACUCCCUGAGGAUAAGGAAAAGGAUGAGAUCAAAGAGUAUGGAAAGGCAAGGAUAGGAGAAAUUGGAACUCUCAUGUAUUGCUGGUGGGAAUAUAAAAUGAUGCGGCCGCUGUAUAAAAGUUUGGUAGUUUUUCAAAAAGUUAAGCGUAGAAUUACCAUAUGGCUCAAUAAUUCCCCACAAAGAAUUGAAAAGAGGGACUCAAAUAGAGACUUGUACACAAAUAUUCACUGCAGUAUUAUUCACAACAAACAAAAGGUGGAAACCACCCAGGUGUCUAUGAACAGAUGAAUGGAUAAACAAAAUGUGGUAUAUACAUACAACAGAAUAUUAUUCAGCCAUAAAAAGGAAUGAAGUUCUGGCACAUGCCACAAUAUGGAUGAACCUUGACAACACUCUCCUAAGUGAAGUAAACCAAUUAAAUAUUGUAUGAUUCCAUUUAUAUGAAAUAUCUAAGACAGGCAAAUUAUUCAUAGAGACACAAAGCAACUUAAAGGCUAUUAAGGACUGGGGGCAGGGGGAGUUACUGCUUAAUAGAGCUUCUGUUUGGGGUGAUGGAAGAGUUUAGAAAAUAGAUGGUGGCGAUGAUCUCACUACAUUGUAAAUACAUUCAUGCCACUAAAUUGUACGCUUAAAAACAGUUCAUUAAAAUGGCCUACUUGCUGUUAUAUAUAUUUUACCAUAAUAAGAUAUAAUGUCGGCCAUAAUAUACAUGGUUCAUUUCACUCAGUUUGGUCGAUAAAAUAUUCAGAUAUUUUAUUUUGUUGUUUUAAAAAGAAUAUGAAGGGAUUAAUUCUGAGCAAGACAGGGAUAUCUUCCCCUGUCCUUCCUGUUCUUCCUCUAUCCUUCCUGUGCUCCAGGGACAUAGGUGAGGAUUUUACCAAUCUAGCUACGAUGGCCCUUGUCCCCAGGGACAGUAAGGGAGUUCCUGACAGUCUCUAUUUCCUUUGCUAAACAAGAGGCAAGCUCCUGUGCUUGGAGUGGACAGGAUGGGGAGAGGUUUAGUAAGGAACUAGAGGAAAGCAGUGACCGUUAAGAGCAACCACCAUGGGGAAUGGAAGAGAGAUCUGAUUGAGGAUAUCCAGAACUGUUGAGGACUUUUACUGACUCAGCUGAGACCGGCACAGUGCCCACGUCUAAUGUUUCAUCUUCAUAGCGUCUUGAUUUUUUUUUUCCCAGCUGCACCAGGUAUAGGAGUCAGAGAAGCUGGAUUGCUACACUGCUCCUGGAUGGGGUGCUUGUGGCAUGGGCACAGUGGAUGGCUAAUAGCCUAAGAGGGCAGUCUGAGAGGACAUAUAAAAGAAUGGUUCCCAGUGCCAACCGGGGGGUGCAGACUUGAUACAAAGGAAGAGCCUGAAGGAGACUCAUAACCUUGGAAAAAGUGGAUUUGAAAUGUGAAAGUGGGUGUAAUGAGAGUGAGGAGUGAGAGAUAGAAUUUUAGAUUUUUAAGUGUUGCAGGAUUUUGAUUUUGUAGUCUUCUGGUUAGUGACAUUAUAGAAGGUUCUAGAAGUAAAGGUGAAGUUGUAGAAAUGGUGUAUUCUACUAACUGCUGUCCCAAGUAGAUGAAAACAUGUGUCAUGGCAUAAUUAUAGAAGUUUGUUUCUUUUAAAAAAAUUUUUUUAAUGUUUAUUCAUUUUUUGAGAGACAGAGAGCUCACACAUGUAUACGCACAUGAGUGGGGGAGGAGCAGAGAGAGAGGGAGGGAGACAUAGGAUCUGAAGCAGGCUCCAGGCACUGAGCUGUCAGCCCAGAGCCCAAUGUGGGGCCUGAACCCACAAACCUCAAGGUCAUGACCUGAGGCGAAGUCGGAGGCUUAACCGACUGAGCCACCCAGGCACCCCGAGUAGAAGUUUGUUUCUUAUUCAUGUAAAUAGUCCAAGGUGGUCUUGGGAGUGUUCUCCUUCACUAUAAUUCAAGAACCCAGGUUGAUGGAGGCUCUGUCAUCUUCAGCAAGAUCAGGAUCAUCCAGGCAUUGACAUCCAGUUGGCAUAAAGGUAAGGUGCAAGGAGGGGCACACAUAGGCGGUUUUAUGGGCCAGGUGCACAUAGAAACACAUCAUCGUUUCAUCUGUCAUUGGCCAGAACGUGGUCACAUGGUCAUACCACAUUGCAGGGAGAUCUUGAGAAAUGUGUAGUUGUGUGUCCUGGAAAAAAGAGCCACCAAAAGGCCUUGCUACACUUGAGCCUCGAAGUCAUUUUUUAAAGCAUUUCCUGUUGUGAUGCUGCUACUUAGUUUUGUUUUUAAGUCCAGAGAUAAGUUUCAAAAAGGCUAACUUUAAAAGAUAGCUGAAGUGAAGAAGCCUUAUCUGACCAUACAUGGGAAGCCUUCACUUCUAAUUCUGUUCCUUGUAUCUAUUCUGGGUUUUGUUUUGUUUUGUUUUAAAUCUAGGCAGACAUCUCUGUAACCCAGUUUCCUCAGUUGAUGAAAUGAGUUUCAUUCUUUUUCCUUCAUCAGAAAUGUGUACAAGAUUUUUUUUUGUAAUAGAGCCCCUUUAUCACCCACUUUGUGCCAGCAGCAAAUAUUAAAUAACACAGAGAUACCCAUUAAGUCACUGAAGGCAUGAGCCCUCACAAUGAGCCAAAAUGGAUUUUGUGUCUGAUUUAAGGUCAAGACCCAUUUUGGUUCUGACUAUUACUUUAACAAAUAAGGUAGACUUCUUUCUGAGCCACAUAAACAGUUUUUUGUUUUGUUUUGUUUUGUUUUUCCUAUAGACAAGCUGCUCAGUGUUGGUUUCUUAAACUAGGUGAAGUCUUCCUAAUAUGUAUAUUAUCCAUCUCAAAUUUUCCACCAAUAGGAAUGCAAGGCAAGCACAGCAUCAGCUGGGAGUCAUUGGCUGAUAAUGUUGAGCUCAUAGUCACUCCCCCACAUUGAGCUGCAGGAUCAGGGCCGAUGGAGAGGGUGGAAUUGUAGAGGACACCAAAGAGGAAUUUCUUCCCCAGAGGAGAGUUUGUCCCAACAACCAUGUGAUGAGAUUCAAACGGUCUUGGUGUAGACUUGAGUAGUUCACCAUAUUCCUUUCCAAAAUUAUAUGGAAAUUCUUCUGAAAACAAACUCUGUGUCUUAGAAAGGAAAGGUCUUUUAAAGAAACAUGGUGAAUUACUACAAAGUACUAGGAGUGCCUCAAAAUGCUUCCCCGUCUGAUAUUAAGAAGGCUUACCACCAGUUAGCUCUUCAGGUACAUCCAGACAAGAACCCAAAAAACAGGGAGGAAGCUGAAGAGAAAUUCAAACAAGUAGCAGAAGCCUAUGCGGUCUUGUCUGAUGCCAAGAAACGCAACAACUAUGACAAGUCCAGAGGAAACCGCAUCAAAAUGGAAGAUAAAGGGGACUUCAGCAGGGACAAAAACUGUUUGAAAGAGGAACCAUGGUUUGAGAGGCCACACUGUGGCUUUCAAAAUGUCUUUGAAGACAAAGACCACUUCUCAUGGGACUAUUUUUCCACUGGUCAUAUGGGUAGAGCCAGAAGAUUCCGCUCCUCCUUCUUUGAUGUGAUCCCCGUACUGGACACAGGAUUUUCCACGUUUGUAUCCCUGGGCUCCAGAACAAGUCCCCCUUCCUCUGAAACAUUUUUACCCUUUGUAAGCAGUGGAAUGGGAAACUUCAGACUGGUCACCACUUGUAGCCAGAUAGUGAAUGGCAAGAGAGUUGUUACAAAGAAAGUUCUAGAAAAUGUAAGGGGGAAGACCAAAGUGGAAAAAGAAAACCUAUUUCAUCAGAUUCCUCCACGUCAUUGAAAUACAUCAGCCUGCUGCCAAUGGGGAACACGCGGGAAAAAGAAGAUUGAGGUGAAGUUCUCUGUUUGCCUUUUAUAAGUUACCUAAAAGGCAAGACAAGGAAAGCAGACAGACGGGGUUAGAGUACCUAUACCUAGACUCUACAACCAGGAGCUGGAGGAGGAGUAAGCAAUUAAUGAAUACCACCAACAGUGUGUUGGGAAGGACAUUACAACAGCUCUAUGAAGCAUAUGCCUCCGAGAAUAACAACACAGCCUAUCUAAUAUACAAUGAUGGAGUCCCUACAUCUGUGAAUUACAGCAGAAAGUAUGGACACACUAAAGGUUUACUGCUGUGGAACCGAGUGCAGGGAUUUUGGCUAAUUCAUUCUAUUCCCAGAUUUCCUCCAGCUCCUGAAGAAGGCUAUGAUUAUCCACCCACAGGGAGGAGACAUGGACAAUCUGGCAUCUGCAUAACUUUUAAGUACAACCAGUAUGAAGGAAUAGAUUCUCAGCUCUUGGUCUGUAACCCAAACAUUUAUAGCUGUUCCAUCCCAGCCAUCUUUCACCAGGAGCUCGUUCAUAUGCCCCAGCUGUGCUCCAGAUCCAGCUCAUCAGAGAUCCCUGACCGGCACCUCACUGCACUUCAGUCAGCCCGGGGCCAAAAAUUCCUCCAUUUUGCAAAGUCUGGUUCUUUUCUUGACGACAUCUUUGCAGCCUGGAUGGCUCAACGGUUGAAGACGCAUUUGCUAACAGAAACCUGGCAGCGAAAGAGACAAGAGCUUCCUUCAAACUGCUCCCUUCCUUACCAUGUCUACAAUGUCAAAGCAAUUAAGAUAUCUGGGCACUCUUAUUUCAGUUCUUACCAGGAUCAUGCCAAAUGGUGUGUUUCCCAAAAGAGGACCAAAAAUCGCUGGACCUGCAUUGGAGACCUAAAUCGGAGCCCAUACCAAGCCUUCAGAAAUGGAGGAUUCAUUUGUACCCAGAAUCAGCAUAUUUACCAUGCAUUUCAAGGAUUGGUUUUGUAUUAUGAGAACUGUAACUAAACUUGGUGAAAGGACAUAUGUACCAUUAUUUUCAGCACUGACAAUGGGUCUUCUUCCAUUAGAUCCAAUCUUUAUAUACUAAAAGCCUGUGAGUAUACUUAUAGUCACAAAUCAUCAAAUAAAAUGCUUUUCUACCGUG